CGCUUUCUUGCUAAUCUAUUUUCAUCAGCUACCCACUUUCACUCCCCACACAAACAUACCUACAUACAUUCAUUAUUAUGUACUAAUUGAUCUUUUGCUUCACAUGCUUUCUGCUUUUGUUUUUCAUUUCAGUCGAUAUUCAUUUUUUCCUUCACAAUAUAUCUUUUACUUUUCAAUUGCAAAUUUAUUAAUCCAUUUUUUUCUUUGUUCAGCUAUUUUUAAAUUGUGCCAGUUUGACGCCCAUACAAACGUAUGACUUGUACAUACAUGCAUACAUAUAUCUAUGUACAAACAAUGCAUGUGCGUGUGUGUAGCUUUGCGCCUUAGUGUGUAGUGAUUAUACGAUGGAUUGCAACGACGCAACAUUUAAGCCCACUUGUCCGCACUAGAUAUUCGACGUACAUACAUCUCUAUGUGAAUUUGCAUGUACAUAUGUUUCGAAUGUAUAUACAAACGUGAUAUGUAUAUGAAAAUGUGUAAAAAACAUGCCGGCAGCCGUACGUUCGGGGAUUUAUUAGCGCCAACAACAGCUGUCGCCGUUGUGACCAACAUUGUGCGCGCGUCCGCUCACCUUAUUCGAGCGUAUUUAUUUGCCCACCCCAGACGGCGUUGUGUGGCGGCGUUUGUGAGUGGCUGCUGCAAUGACGACACGGUCGCUGUUGGUGUUUACGGCAGCGGCAGCGCCAAAGUUAGCAUCGCGUCAGCUGUGUCCGUUCACUUUGCGCCACUUUAGCACUGAGGUGUUGCGGCCAUUGGUGGCACUAAUAGAAUCGGCCGCUUUAGUGCCGCAUCAUUUUGCCAACGUUUCAGUUCAGUUGUAAUUAACGUGCGAAUCCAAUUGGUAGUGAUUGUCGUUGUAACUACUUCCUCAACAAUGGCACUUCGUCGUAGAUUUGCUAGUGUAUUGAUAGCUCAUUGCUGAGCCGACCGCAUGCAUUCAUCUUUUGUCGUGUUCUAGUUAUUGUGCUGCUGCAUGACGUCGCUAAAUUUCAGCUAACUUGGGUUCGAUUGUUCGUUGGUUUAUUUGUGUGUGUGUGCGUGCUGUUUUUUGGGGGGCGCUUGCGAAAUUUUCGGCGAAUACCGGCAAGAAGUGAUGAGAAAAAUGCUGUUGGCGCGAAGGUUUCGUCACAUCCUUAAAAUGGCCUUAACUGUGUCAUUGCGGCGCGUAUUGUUGUUGCUGCUGAUGGCAACGAUAUUCAUAUUGAUGGUUUUGUACUGGAAUCAGGACGGCAUGAAGCCACAAUCGUUUUUAGUUGAAAAAUCAAUGAAACGCCGAGCUGAUGUUAAUAAACGGCCGCCAAUACCUGACGAAAAACUCUGGACCUACAAAUGCGAAAAUGAGCGCUGCGUGCGGCAUACGUAUCCCACGAAUGAUGGUGGCGGCACAGCCUCUAAUCGUCGUAUACCAUUCAUGACAUGCGCCAUGACUUGCGGUGAAGUCAACAUUUGGCCACAUCCAACAAUAAAGACUGCCAUAAGUUCGGUAUCGUUGAAGUUCACCAUGGAAGAUGUGCAAUUGCGUAUGGACACACCGCACAGCGCAGUAGAAACGCAGUUCAAGCAAGCGUUCGCAUACUUCCUAAGCGAUCUGCGACGCAUACAACGGCUACCGAGUGCGGAGGAGAGCACUGAGAGUGUCGGUGGUGGUGUUGCAGGUGGCGCUGACCGUGCAGAGGCUACGGAUGUCAAUUCGGGUGGUCAUCAAAAUCAGCAACAACAAAAGCAGCAGCAACAACAUCAUAGUAGUCGCGCACGACGUGACACCGCUGACGCUGGCCAUCACAAUACGCACGCACAUGCCGGCGCUGCUGCGGCCGAUAAUGGGGAUUCGGAGUCGCCGGGCGCCUAUCAUCAUCGGCACAAGCGUCGUCACAUCGACAUUGGCAGAGCGUUGGGCAACACUUUGGGUGACAAUAUGGCACCGGCGGCUAUUUUGAGUAAUGUCUUCAACACACGUCGCCACUGUGAUGUGGACACGCUGCUCGUGCAGGUGGAAGUGCAUAAAUCGGGUGAAAUCAAUUUGAGUUUGGAUACCGAUGAGAGCUACAAGCUAUCUGUUGCACAUGAGCGUCGCACCGUUAACAUUCACAUCACCGCAAAUUCAUUCUUCGGCGCACGUCACGCGCUCUCUACACUACAGCAAUUGAUUUGGUACGACGAUGAAGAUAAUCUGUUGCACAUCCUAUCGAAGGCCAUAAUCAUAGAUACACCCAGAUUUCGUUAUCGCGGUCUUAUGUUGGACACAUCACGUCACUACUUCUCGGUGGAGGCCAUUAAACGUACCAUCGUCGGUAUGUCACAUGCGAAGCUCAAUCGCUUCCAUUGGCAUAUAACCGAUUCGCAGAGUUUCCCCUAUGUGUCGAAGAAUUACCCCGAAAUGGCUAUACAUGGCGCCUACUCGGAGCAUGAAACCUACACAUUCGAAGAUGUGCGAGAGGUGGCGGCGUUUGCGCGCGUACACGGCAUACAGGUGCUGCCGGAGAUUGAUGCGCCGGCGCACGCUGGCAACGGCUGGGAGUGGGGACCAAAACGUGGCCUUGGCGAGUUGAGUUUGUGCAUAAAUCAACAGCCGUGGAGUUUCUACUGUGGUGAACCGCCAUGCGGGCAAUUGAAUCCUAAAAAUAAUAACACGUAUUUGGUGCUGCAACGCCUAUAUGAGGAAUUAUUAAAUGCCACCGGUCCAACGGACUAUUUUCACCUCGGCGGCGAUGAGGUGAAUUUGGAAUGCUGGGAUCAGUACUUCAAUGACACCGAUUUGCGUGGUUUGUGGUGCGAUUUUAUGCUAAAUGCAAUGGCGCGCUUGAAAAUCGCCAAUAAUAAUGUGGAGCCGCGCGUGGUGAGUGUGUGGUCCAGCGGUCUGACCAACACCAAAUGUCUUCCAAGCAGCCGUGUUGCUGUGCAAGUAUGGGGUGGCAGUACGUGGCAGGAGAAUUACGAUCUCAUUGAUAACGGCUUUAAUGUGAUAUUCUCGCACGUGGAUGCCUGGUAUUUGGAUUGUGGUUUUGGCAAUUGGCGUUCAACUGGCGAAGGCGCCUGCUCGCCGUAUCGCACCUGGCAAAAUGUCUACAAACACAGACCAUGGGAACGCAUGCGUCUCACUAAAGCGCAGCGAAAACAGGUUUUGGGCGGCGAAGUUUGCAUGUGGACUGAGCAAACCGACGAGUAUCAACUGGAUAAUCGAUUAUGGCCGCGUGCUGCUGCGCUGGGUGAAAGGUUAUGGAGCGAUUUGGAAGAUGAUCGAGAGUUCGAUGCCGUACCACAGGAUGUCUUCAAACGCAUGUCCGUGUUUCGCAAUCGGCUGGUCGAGCUGGGCUUGGAGGCGGAGCCCAUAUUUCCUAAAUUCUGUGCGCAACAUCCCGGCGAAUGCAUUUGAUAUUACUACUAAAUGCCGACCUAAGCAGCAUUUGUACAUAUGUAUGUACGCGUAUACGCAGGUAUAUAGAAAUCUCGAAUUACUCAGUUUGGAUCGAUUUGUGCCUAAACAGUGUAAAAUUCAUAUUCAAGCCGGAGUUGUCGAAUUUUUACUUUUUGAUUUUUGUUUUUUUUUAUUAUGUCCGGGUUUCGGCUUAAUUUUUGUUAAAAAGUUACUCACUUGAUAUUAGUUCUAGCAUAAGAUUAAUAAAAUUAGUCAAUGUAAAUCUGCUGUAAAGCUGGACAUGUAUGAAGCUAGUACCAUAACAUUGGGAAACGAAGAGGAAAGACGAAGUGCAGCAGUUUUGUUAGCAGGCAGUGAGACGCCUUUGAGCAAAUUGUGCGAUAUUUAUAGAUAUGUAUCGUGUUUUGUUUUUAACAACUAUUAGUGCAAUUGUUUUGUAUUUAACUUAGGUAUUUUUAUUUAAACCAAUAUACAUACAUACAUACAUAAAUUAUAUUUAUAGCAUUUUAUUACAAACUGUUUAAGGAAAAAGCCUGCAAAUUAUUUGGUUUUUCGAAUUCAAUCGAAUAUUAUGUAACAUAUUUACGCACAUACAACAAUUUUAAAAACGAAUUCAAUAUUUGCUGUAUUUUAAGCUGUUGAAAGACAAACUGUUUUGUAAGCAGCAGGGUUGCAACUUUUUGAUUAAAAAUUUUUUUAUGAAAAAUUAGAUUUUAAAUUUUUUUAUUAAUUUAAUUUUUUUUUUAUUGAAACAGAUUCUAAAAUUAUUGAAAUUUGCAAAAAAAAGCACAAUUUAAUCUCAAAAACGGUUUUAAAAAUUGAAAAUUUAAUUCAAGAUUAAAAUAAAUAUUAAAAAACCCUACAUUCAAAAUGUUGUGAUUAAAAAUUGAAAAUCUAAAAUUAAAAAAAUAUUAAUUUUUAAUUCUUAUUACUUUUUAUAUUUAAACAAAUUUUAAAAUUAUUGAAAUUUACAAAAAAAAAUUUCGAGUUUAAAAAUUGAAAAUUUCAUUUAAUGAAAAAAAAUAAAUAAUAAAAAAUUUCCACAUAAAAAAUUUUGCGAUUAAUAAUUGAAAAUCUAAAACUAAAAAUUUAUUUUAAAUUCGGUUUUGGUGUUUAAAGUUUUUUUAAUAGCGUAUUUGGAAUUAAAUUUUUUAAAUUGCUAUAAAAAUAUCAAUUUAAUUAUAUUUUUUCUAAUACGUUAUUUGCAACCCUGGUAGCACAUAUGUAUAAGUUGGGGAUUUUUAAUAUUUUUUAUUUUAUUAUGUGUAGUACAUAUGUAUAUAUUUUUAAAUAUUAUAUAUUGAAGCAUGCAUACGCAAUGAUUGUGAUAAGGAACAUACAAAUUAGGGUGGGUCAAAAAAAUCUGAUAUUUUUUUUAGCUUGUUAUGAAAAACAGGUUUUAGGCAUCUCUUAAAAAGCCUGAAAACGGAUUUUGAGAGAUACAUAUCUAAAAAGUCUAUCCAAGAAGAAUUCUAAUAUCGCUUCCAGCUACUUGCAAAAAUAUCGCGUUUUAUAGAUUUUGUUGGAAAUUGAACGCGCUGCAAAAAGACAAAGACCAUUUUGUAGGGCAAUAAGUUGCCUACAAGCUAUAAGUUUAUCGCUUAAUAGAGAUAUAUUUUUUUCAUUGCUUUAAUUUUCCUUAAAAUAAACAAACUUUUAUCUUUAAUAUCUUUUAAAGGGUUAGGUUUACACAAAAAUCGUUAGAGAGCUUUUGGUAGAGCAUUCAAUACAAAAAUGUAUGAAAUGGUUAUAUUUUCAAGUAGUUGGCAGCGAGAUAUAAAUACUUCUAACUGAUAGAGAGGAAAAAUUGAAAACCGUUAGGCGGAG